AUGUUAGAUACUCCUUCUAGUAAAAAACGGAGAACGGUUGGUGAAGAUGCGGUCACCCCGUGCCAAGAUCUGGCUUUGGAAGAGGACACAACGAGAAACGAUGAGCGGAACAAGAACAAUGCUACCAAGUCAAGUUUGCAUGAUUCGUUACCAAAGUUGCAGUCGUCUGUAUCGCCCUUAGACUUUAAGAAGACAGUGACACCGCGGAAACUGAUUAUCGGGCCAUCAGAAAAUAAAUAUGCCUUAUCCCAACCAACGACAUCGGCUUCGUCAUCUCUUCAAGUGCCAGCGUUGCAACAAAAAUUGGUGCCCCUAUCACAGGACAGUAGAGGGAGAAGAAUAAAAAUGUACUCACAAUCGCCACCAAGAUCACCGGGCAGAUCGCCAAAUAGGUCACCUGUGAGAAAAUUGGAGUUGAUCCAGCUGUCCCCGAUCAAAAAUAGUAGGCUCGAAUUGCAGAAACUAUAUGAUGCCCAUAACGCCAAAAUAGGGAAAAUGAACCGACUCUACAUCCACAAACUCGUGCUACAUAAUUUCAAAUCGUAUGCAGGUGAACAAACCAUCGGUCCCUUUGACGCAAGUUUUUCCGCUGUGGUGGGCCCCAACGGGUCGGGCAAAUCUAAUGUUAUAGAUUCAAUGUUGUUUGUUUUUGGUUUUAGGGCAAAUAAGAUGAGACAGGAUAGACUUUCUGAUCUGAUUCACAAGUCUGAAAGGUUUACCAAUUUGAAUUUUUGCUCUGUGGAGGUACACUUUCGUUACGUCAAAGACGAAUAUACUGCACCUACAGAUGGCGAUACCAUGGAAGCGGAGAACACGCUUGUUAUUACAAGGAAGGCCUUUAAAAACAAUUCUUCAAAGUAUUUCAUCAAUGGCAAGGAAAGUAAUUUUACGGAGGUGACAAAGUUGUUGAAGGAGCAAGGUAUUGAUCUUGAUCAUAAACGGUUUCUUAUAUUACAAGGUGAAGUCGAAAAUAUUGCCCAGAUGAAGGCAAAGGCGGAGAAGGACAACGAAGACGGUCUUUUGGAGUAUUUGGAGGAUAUCAUUGGAACGAAACAUUACAAACCUUUGAUUGAACAAAAAACGGUCGAGAUCGAAGCAAUGAAUGAGCUCUGUAUCGAAAAGGAAAACAGAUUCCGUAUUGUGGAUGAUGAGAAAAAUUCAUUGGAGAAAGAUAAGGAUGCUGCCCUAGAGUUUUUAGAGAAAGAGAAACAACUCACCUUGCUGAAAUCUAAGUUGACUCAGUACCACCUUUACGUCAACAACGACAAGAUCAAAACAACAUUAGGGCAAAUUGACAGUUUGCGUACAGAUUUUGAACAGGAGAAACAAAGACACAGUCAGUUUAUGAAGGAAGUUGAAACAUUGCAGAAUAGUAUCGAUGAAAGCAAGAAUAACCUGACGUCUUUGACUACCGAAGAAAAGUCUCUUAUCCAGAGGAAAAGAGAAAUAAAUACCCAAAGCGUUUCUUUGGAAGAGACGACGAAAAACUUGGACCAAAAAUUGAAGAAGGCUAAGGCUACAGUUGAAUCUUCAAAGAGUCUAAUUUCAAAAAAUGAGCAUGAGUUACAAGAACAGAGCCAACUACAAGAAGAAUAUGAAGCUGAAGUUAAUGAUUUGAGCAAGCAACGAGAAGUCGAAGAAAAGAUCCUGCUGGAUAUUAAGUUGCAGCUUAAGGACAAAACAGUUACGUUUUCUGACGAAAUUGCCUCCAUUGAAAAAGAACUAGAACCCUCCAACACCGAAAUACAAGAGAAAAAGUCACAAAUCAAGUUGGUUGAAAUGGAAAUUGAUUUGAUACGUGAUUCAAAAAGAAAAGUGGGAGCGGAAAUUGAAAGCUUAAAAGAGGAGUUGUUGAAGCUACAGAAGGACCUUGAGGAUAACGAGAAAGAUGUUACGGAUUUGAACAAAUCAAAACGGAACUUAGUAAAAGAAAAGCAGGAAGGGGAUAAAGAAUGUAAAGAUGCUGGGGUCAAAUUGAACGAGAUGAAAGCAAUUUUAAAUUCACACAGACAGAAGACAAUGGAAGCUCGUUCUACUGUAUCGACAGCCCAAAAUAAAAAUAAAGUCUUAACUUCGUUGAUGAGAAUGCAGCAAUCCGGUCGUAUCAAUGGGUUUCAUGGAAGACUCGGUGAUCUCGGUAUCAUCGCAGAUCAAUACGACGUUGCUAUCUCAACGGCAUGCCCCAGACUAGACGACAUGGUAGUGGAAAGUGUAGAGUGUGGCCAAACCUGCAUAGAGUUUUUGCGUAAGAACAAACUUGGUUAUGCGAGGUUCGUUGUCCUUGAUAAACUCAAACGCUUUGACAUGAGCCCAAUUCAAACACCGGAGAAUGUACCACGACUAUUCGAUCUAGUCAAGCCUAAAGAAAAGAGGUUUGCACCUGCGAUUUAUAGCGUAUUGAGAGAUACUCUGGUCGCCAAAGAUUUGAAACAAGCCAAUAGAGUGGCUUACGGAAAGAGAAGAUUUAGAGUCGUUACACUAGAUGGACAGCUUAUCGAUAUUUCAGGAACAAUGAGUGGUGGUGGCUCUCGUGUCUUCAAAGGGUUAAUGAAUCUGACAACAAAAGUAUCUGGCACAUCCGAAAUUUUCAGCUUAGAGGAUAUGAAAAAACUUGAGAUGGAGCUGGCUGCAAGAGAAAAACAAUUCGAUGUUGCUUCGGAAACGUUCCAUUCAAUGGAACAGGAAUUACGAAAACUCUGUGAUAGAGAACCUCAAUUAGAGCUUGAAAUAUCAAAGAAACUAAUAGAUAUUGAUGCUUUGACCCAGCAGAUCCAAUUAACUAGAAGCCAGCUUACUGAGAAGUCAAAUGACUACGAAAAAUCAAUCAAAGACACAGAUGAUCUCGACUUACUGCUGGGUAAUUUGGAAGCUCUUAAUCAAGAACUCAAAUAUUUACAGGAUCAAUCGAAAACAUCUUCUGAAAGAGUUUCAUUUUUGAAAGAUGAAAUUAUGAGAAUUGGUGGAUCUGAGUUGCAACUGCAGAAUUCAAAAGUAAGUUCUUUGAACCAAAGAAUUGACAUUUUACAGGCCAAGCUGAAAAAAUCUAAGACCGUGGUAAAGAAACUGAAUACGGAACUUAAAAAAGCGAGGAAGAGUUUGAUUGCCUCCACUGAAGAGUCAACUAACUCAACGGAAGAAAUUGCACACGCAAAAGCCAGAGCGGAGGUUGCGAAAAAUAGUCUACUAGACAUUAACAAGUCCCUAGAAAGUAUACAAGACGAAAAAAUUAAUCUCGAACAGGAACUUGAAAACUUUUCAGAUAAACUACAUGAGAGUAACGAAAAUGUGAAUGAAUUUAAAACAAUCCAGUUGGAACUUGAAAACAAAAUUGAAAGGGCCAACUCCAUUCUAUCAUACCUAAAAAAAGAGAAUGGACAGCUGUUGGAAGAGUUGAAUAAUUUUAGAUUAAGAGAUGUGACACACACGCUUGAUUUGUUGAGGGAAGAAGAGGGUACAGAAGCAAAUCAGCAGCCAACUACUGGUACUGAUGAAACAACAUCGAAUGUUGAUAAUGAGAUGUUGGGGGCAGCUGAUGCGGGAGUUGAAAACAUGAACACCUCGUCGUUGUCCAACAGUGUAAAAGUGGCAUCAGAUGAAAUAUCGAUGGAUGUUGAUGACUGUGGCGAUCUGGUUUCCCAAGGUAUACCUAGAUUGAGUGACAAAGAAUUGAGUACUAUCGAUACUGACAAUCUGAAUGAAGAAAUCAAUCAACUUCAAUCUUUUAUCAACAACGUCAGCAUCAAUAUCGAGAUUUUAGAAGAAUACGCAAAAAGACUGGUGGAAUUCAAAAAAAGGAAAAUUGACCUUAAUAAUAGUGUAGGUGAAAGAAAUCAGUUGACUAGCAUAAUGGAAGAACUUAAAAAGAAAAGAUACAAUGAAUUUAUGGAGGGUUUCAGUAUAAUAUCCAUGACCUUAAAGGAGAUGUAUCAGAUGAUUACAAUGGGUGGAAAUGCUGAGCUUGAACUGGUUGACAGUCUGGACCCGUUUUCUGAAGGGGUCACUUUUAGUGUCAUGCCGCCUAAAAAGAGUUGGAGAAACAUUACAAACUUAUCUGGGGGUGAAAAAACGCUGAGUUCGCUGGCUUUGGUUUUUGCACUUCACAAGUAUAAACCCACCCCGUUGUAUGUUAUGGAUGAAAUUGAUGCGGCGCUCGAUUUCCGGAACGUGUCGAUAGUUGCAAAUUACAUCAAAGAACGAACUAAAAACGCCCAGUUCAUUGUUAUCUCUCUGAGAAAUAACAUGUUUGAACUUGCUAAACAGCUAGUAGGGAUCUAUAAACACGAAAAUAUGACGAAGAAUGCCACGAUAAGAAAUAGGGAGGAUUUAAUUCAGUAA